AUGGCUCUGCAUCAUAGUGCUGUCUUAUUAAUGAAUCUGAUCAUUGAUAAAUUCAUUUGCGCAUCUAUAGUUGGAGUUACAUCUAGAAUUAUGGGAACUGGACCUGCUUACACAAUUUUAGCUGUUCUUAAACAAAGAUACUAUGAAAUCAAUGAAGCCUUUAUUUAUAUUGUGUUGAGAAAUUGUGCAUUAACCUUCAAAAA